AUGUCAAAUAAUACUACAAUUACAGAUUAUAGUAAUUUGGUUGGUAGUUUUCGUGCAUAUAUAUGUCCAAUAAUUGCAAUUAUCGGUGUCAUAGGGAAUAGUUUUAUUGUAAUCAUUUUUUUAAAAGAAAAACAAUUAUCAAGAUUUUCAAUUUAUUCAAUCUUUUUAGCUAUUGCUAAUAUUAUUACAUUAAUUAUGAAUACAUUUAUUGAUGAUUUUCUUGGACGUGGUCUAUAUUAUGCAACAAAUCAUCAAUUCUAUUUUAAAUUAGAUACAAUUUCAACAUUUUGGUGUAAAAGUGUUGAAUAUAUAUCGAAUACUAUGUACUUUACAUCAUCUUAUUUAAUUGUGAUUUUUUCAAUUGAUCGUCUAUUAACUAUUCAUAAACCGAUUAAAUUCUAUUCAAUAUAUCAUAAACAUUGGGCUUUGAUUGCAUGUAUUCUUGCAUAUUCAAUGGGAAUACUUAGUAAUUCACCAUUGUUAUUUGUACAAACUUUAAUGGUUGAUACAUCGAGUCGAACAAAUUUUACUUGUAGAAUGAUUUCUGAACAUCCAGUAGCAAAAUUUACCAUAACAUUUGAAACAAUCGUCACGUUCACAAUACCAUUUUGUCUUGUAUUAUUUUUAAAUGUUUUCAUUUGUAUUGAAUUAUGGAAAUUGAAAGUUAAUCGAACAGCUUUAUUACCGACUGACUCUUCGCGGAAUCGUAUGGAAAUGGGACGAGUUUUUGGACAUUUAGCUUUGAGUACUGCAUUCUUAUUAUUGUACCUACCGAUGGUAUGUUUUGUAUUAAUACGACUAAGUCUAACUUUAUCACAUGUGGAUAGGCAUAAACCGUACGCAAUGUGUAUUAUUGAUUUGUCCAGACUUUUCUCAUCUGUUAAAGAUAUUACUUAUGCAGUGAAUUUCUUCCUGUACUUAAUAUUUUUGCGAAAUUUUAGACAUGGAUUUCAACGUUCAAUCUGUACAGUAUCGUGUAAAAAGAUGUCACCAAGACCAUUGGAUAGACCAGAGAACUGAAGAUUGAAUAUACUUUAAAGUACUUUUUGACUAGUUAACAGAUUCAUAUUUGUUUGGUUUAUUUUUUGGGGGGGAUUUAAACGUUAUUAUGCCAAAAAAUAUAGCUUGUUAACGUAUUCGUAUAACAUUGAUCUUUUUUUGUUAAACACUAUUUUCUCGAUUAAAUAGUUAUGUUGGUGAACUGGAUUGACCAGAACUAAGUUAGGCGGAUACAGUUCAAUCGCUCCACUAUGUUUGUUAACUGAUAAUAUUAGUAGUUAAAUUAUCUUAUUUAAAUAGAUAAAGAUCUCUACAUAAAAUCAUUCAAAUAAGGCUUUUUGCCCAUCAAUUUAUGCGACGAAUUUAAAUUUAAAAAGCAUAGGACUAAAAUUUGCUUCUAAUGAAGUUUUAGUAAGUUGGAACUGUUUGACCAUAAAUAGGACAAGAAACGCGAUCGAUACGAGUUCUUAUCUAUUCUGGUCCUUGAAUUCUGAUGUAAAAAAGAACUUCAAGUGAAGGAUGACAACAGCACUUGAGUAGGAUUGUAACAACAUGGUUUUCAACAUAUAUAACAAUGAUGAAUAAGUCGAUCUAUGCAUUUAUAAAAGCCCGUAGAGUAAACCUACAUAUCCCAAUAAAGCGAUUGUCUCGUUUUAUAACGAUACAUUGGAGUAAUAUAUACAC